AUGGAUACAGAAGUUAUAGCGAUAAAAGGCUAACAUGCUGAGCAAAGUAUUUUUAUUCAAAAUUUCUUUUCAAGCAAUGGAGAUAAAAUAAGAAAUAUGAAUUAGCUUAAUGAGAGUUCGUUUUGGAGCGAAACUUAAAGUGCAUAAAUGAAUUAAAAUAGGAAGGAUGCUAUCAAUAAUUUAAAUUGCGAAAAAUGCGACAUUAUGAAUACUAACGAGCAAAUGCAUAAUGAAAAAAGCAAUACAUUUACUAUCAGUUCUUACUAAAAGAGUUGCGAAGACUUUUAGUAUUAAAAAUCAGAUAAAAAAAAGUUUAAUAUGAAUUCAUUAUAGGUUUAAAAUAUUUUACAAACUAAUAACUUCCUUCAAGAUUUAAAAUGUAGAAAUAGCUAGGUAUUUUAAAACGAUUAAGAAAGUAAAAUUGAAAAUUUAGAUAAACCAUCUGCUUCAUAGAGUUUAAAGUUUUAUUAAUUAUUUGGGUUCGAAAACAAUACAUAUGUUGGGACUACAACCAACAAUAAAAAUUAAAAUUCGACCAUCAUAUAAAACAAAAGAGACAUAUUUUUAAAAAAUCUUGCAUUAUUAGCAAAGAUCAAAAUCUAAACAACUCACUAUUACAAAAAAUUCACCAACAUAUAUCGAACAAGGCUACUGAAUACUUAAACAAGGAAUCCUAGAAAAAUCACUAUGUUUGACUUUGUUUGA